CGGCUCCAGUUAAGUGGCAUGGAGCCUUCGGAGACACACGGUGCAGAGCGACACGCCGGGACAGAUAUGCCCAUGUGACAUGUGAAUGGAAAAGCCGCAGACAAAGGUAGAGCAAAAAAAGAAAACCCCAACUCCUCAACACACGGGCUGCGUCGGGCUUGCGUCCAGAGGAGACGCACGGAGAGGAUGCUCCACAUCAGACCCGCGAGGGGGCUUCUCUCCUCCGGUCUGGAAACCCACGGCUCCGUGUAAAGGACUCAUUAGAAGCCGCUACUACGCUGGAGUAAUUGCGCUCGCAGUGAGUUUGAUCUGAAGCCUGAAUCUGCAAGAGAGAGAGAGAGAGAGAGAGAGAGAGAGAGAGAUAGAGACGUCGGCAAGAGCUUUGGAGCAGAGCCUGGAGAGAAUUGUGAAGUCUAUUCAUAUUUUAUUUUUAUUUUGUGGGGGUGAGAUUUGAUGCGCCUUCCCCCUUUUGAACCUGCCCUGGACCUCGUCUGUCAGAAGGGAUCAACUGUUGCUGCGGCCGGAGCGAGCGCAGAGACGUUCUCCAAGUGUCUGUCUUCCCCUCGCGGACGUGUGACCGCCACUUGUGUCCCGCGUGCAGCCACACAGCCGGCGUUGUGCCAUUAACAUGGAAGAGAGACUGAUUCUGUUGUUGAUGCCUCGGAUACACCUUCAUCGGUCCUGAUGGGAUGCCACAUUGUUGCGCUGAGGAGAAUGAGAAUAUGCCACGCCGCUGCCGGCUCUUCAGUACUGGUUGAUCCUCUCUCUGUGUGAAACAAUACAUUUUUUUUUUUUUUUUUAAUUCUUCAAGGGACCAGUUUAUGGCCAUUUGAACUCACUGGCACACAAUCACAAUUCGCGAGCUCUUGUGUUGUUGUUAUAGUGACCUUGCCCGAUUUUGGCAUCAUUUCGGUGGGAGAUCAACAUGCUGAUGAUGAUGGAGAACAGCGCCAUGGACGCGCAUCAGGUUGAUAUCGAUUCGGAAUUUGAGCCCCGCUGUCGGUCGCGGCCGUGCACCUGGCCGCUGCCGUGUCCGGAGGAUUUCCCCGGGGGGGAAGAGGCUGACCGGGGCCUGGCCCUGGCGUCGGUCAAAGUGGAGCAGUACAACGUGCCCGCGUGCCGGGCUGAGCGAAAGGGCGGCGCGCCGGCGGAGAUCAAGCAUCCGGCCGGCGCCCCGGCCCCGGUGGUCGCCGCUCCCGCCUGCAUGUCCGGGGCUGCGCUCGACGCUGCCGGCCAGCUGCGCAAAGCCAAGUCGUCCCGGCGGAACGCGUGGGGGAACCUGUCGUACGCCGACCUCAUCACCCGUGCCAUCGAGAGCACCCCGGAGAAGAGACUCACCCUGUCCCAGAUUUACGACUGGAUGGUUCGCUUUGUUCCUUAUUUCAAGGAUAAAGGCGACAGCAACAGUUCAGCAGGAUGGAAGAACUCAAUCAGACACAAUCUGUCCCUGCACAGUCGCUUCAUACGAGUGCAAAAUGAAGGGACGGGGAAGAGUUCCUGGUGGAUGCUGAACCCAGAAGGUGGGAAGAUGGGAAAGGGACCCAGAAGACGCGCAGCCUCUGUAGACAAUGGCACUCGCUACCUGAAGACCAAGGGUCGCAUCAGCCGAAAGAGAGCAGGGGCCAUAGGCCUUGGACGGGGACAAGGUCAGGGGGGUGGACCGGCAUUGCAAGGGUCCCCAGAGCAUGGCAGUCCAGCAGGGAAAGGAGGUGUGGGCAUGGGGGGUGAGGAGUACGACACCUGGACAGAUCUCCAUUCCCGCACCUCUUCCUCUGGCUCCACGAUGAGCGGCUGCCUGUCCCCGAUCUUGGCAGAGGCGGAGGCAGAUGAACCAGAGGAGGAGGGAUUGUCCUGUUCAGCCUCCCCUCGAUUGUACCCCAGCCCCACCAGCACCCGUUCCCCAGCCCUUGGCACUGGGGGCCACUGCCCCACUGUGGAACUGCCCCAGCUGACCGACCUGACUGGGGCUAUCAGUCUUGGUGAGAGUGGUUUCCCCCAACCACCACAAAUCAAAUGCAAUGGUUAUCCCUAUGUGCCUGGCCCCAAGGCUGAGGGCUCUUACUGUGGGCCCGUGUAUGGACAGCCUUCUAUGGGCAUGCUCCGCCACCAUACUCCCAUGGAGACCAUCCAGGAGAACAAGCCAGUCAGCUUCCAGCGCCAAAUGAGAGGCUACUCAGAGAACAAUGCCCUGCAGAGUCUGCUUACCGGAGGUCCUUCAUACUGCAACAAAGACACAGUGCUAAGCCAGGGACGGGAAACUCACACACUAAUAACACAGGGAACCAAUGGUGUUCACAACCAGCACAACCACAAUCAAAAUCGCAGCCACAAUCAUAGCCACAAUCACAGGCAAGAGCAUGCUCACAACCCCAGUCUACACAAUGGCCACGGCUCAGUCCAUGACCAGAACACAACCCACCAUCAAAACCACAAUCAGGGUCACAAACACCAAGCCAGCCUCGAUUAUAGCCACAGCCAUAAGCCCCAUCCUGCCCAUGACUAUGGUCCGAGCCACGAGCAUGGUCACAGGAAUAAAGUAAACCCCAGCCAUGAUCACAACCCUCGCUCCAGCCAGAGUCACAUGCACAGCCACAACCCCCACAAUCCUAUGCCCAGUGGACCUCCCCCACAGGCCCUCUCCCCUCGGGUAAGCACUGACAUCCUGCAGCCCUACAGUCUCAAAACCUCCAACCACUAUGGGCCCCGACCCCACCUCCCAACAUCACCAUCCCUGCCACCUAACCCUGCCGGGGUAAUGGAUGUUCCCCAGGAUCCCUGUCGCCUGGCGUCUGCGCCUCACCCGCGUCACCAGCCGUACCCAGGAGCUCAUCAUCAUGGUAUGACCAACUCCUGGCAUGGCUACUUCCACCACAACCACCAGCCAGGGAAUGCUGGUUACCAGGGGCAACAGCACAACUCCCUCAGUAGAAUGGCUGCCAACCUGGAGAUGGAGAACAUACCAAAUAGCCUGGACUGUGAUGUAGACUCCAUCCUGCUCAAUGACUUUAUGGAAACUGAGAAUAUGGACUUCAACUUUGAUGGCUCUCUCUCCCAGGGUGUGGGCAUGGGGAUGGGCAUGAGCUUAGGGGCAUUUGCUUGCCCUGCACCAGCUCACAGCAACCAGAGCUGGGUGCCAGGGUGAACCCUGGUCCUGGGGAUUGAAUAGACACAUAAAUGGAAAGUUCACCCUCUGGGCCAGGCUGCUGGUGGGCUGUACCCUUGGACUGACUGACUGUGAUUCUGUUUCUCUGAGACUGUAGAUCAAAAUAUUUGUCAUUUUGUUUCCUGGGGACUCCCUACACCCACACAUCCUUCUCCUCAUCUCUUCCCCCUCUGUUUAUAAACCCUUCCAUCUCCAUAUUGAACCUGCCCCAAAUGAGCCCAGUGCUAAAGACCCCCUUGUUCAUGACUGUUUUUUUUUCUUCUGUUCUAUUUAAAAAAAAAAAACUCUCCUCCCAGUCUCAUCCUGCUCGUCCUAAUCUCUCAAGCACUUUACAUCCAUCCUUUCAUAAAGAUGCAGUAACACAAACACCAGGCAAAGUCAUGUUGUGUGUUGGCUUAAGUUUAAUGUAUGCAAUCCACUUCACAGUAUUUUCUCCUCCAACAAAGGUGGGGUUGUUUUUGACUGGGGAACAUGAUCAAACAACUGCAUAAAUAUCUUUCAGUGUAGAGGUGUUUUCAGAUUGGGGUUAAAAGGCUUUGAGGUUUAAGGAUGAAGGAAAAAAUGAUUAUUUUAGAAGAACAGGGAAGGGAGCUAGAAGUAAAUGGAUGGAAGUAUAGAAAAUAAGGGAACUCCAGGGUCAGUGUGACUUCUCUCCCUGGUGGACAGUCUAGUUUCCUGUUCCUUCCAGUGCUGGAGGACAGUCAUCCAUCAGGCAACCAUCAGCACCACUCCAUUGAAAUGCAACAUCCUUUCUUUAAUCUCCAAAGUAAUGCCAGAGUGAUGCAUCACAAUAGCAACUCUAAUGCGCCACUCUGGGUUUUUUCAACCCCCCCUCUCUUCAGCUCCGGACACACCAGCUUAAUGUGUUUUGGCGAAAGUGAUGAUUAAAGUCACUCUGCACUAAAUGGGGGAGGGAUUGAAAGGGGUAGUGUUGGGGAGGGGGGCACUGAGGGUAGACGAUAGGAGAGGAGAAAUGCAAAUAUUCCCUCAGUGCCUGUUCCUCUCCAUUUUGUGGAUUUAUGUAGCUUUCUCCGUAAUGAAAUAAGCAACGAUCAGAUACUGCUGUACAUCCUGAGGAGCGCUCUGAUUGGCCUGCACUGGGCUGCCUCAGCAUGGCUCCUUCGCCGACUGACCCCAGAACAGCUUAGUGAGCAGCAGUGGUCAGGCCAGGAUGUUGAUGGAGCCGCCGUCCUCAGACCCCAGGCAACCUUGUCUAAUUCACUAACACCCAGGUUCAAGCCCACUAUGUACUUUUACUCCUGCAAAUUGCACACUGAUGAACACCGUCAGCAGAUUACUAUUUGGUGCUAUCUCCUCUUCCCAGGCCCCCUCCUAUCGCGCCGCCCAUCCCGAGGUUACUCUGAGGGUAAACAAGAGUAAUUAACCGCCAAACAAGAUGGAUGAUUUAUGCAAGUGUUUGUAUUCGCUCAUUGGCACAAAGUCAUAAUUCUUCCCCCUGCAAAGCUCAAGGAGGGCAGUUUUUGAGAGGUGGUGCCCAGUGACAAGGUAAAGCGGCUGGCAAGCGGUGCGUUUACAGUGUCCUUCAGGCACCCCCUUUACAAGCAUUCCCCACACUGUAAUGGCCAUAGUUUUACUUUGCUGUUGUCUUUUCUUGUGCUUGUUCCGUGAUUGUGCAGUUGUCUGUCCUGUUUCAAAACAGCGUGGAUAGGAGCUUUCGUGUGCAUUUUAUUUUCUGCGCUCCCAGAGUGAAAAUGGGAAAAGGGGCCAUUUGCCAAUCCUUGUCCUGGCACCUGUCCCACUCAAGUUAGAGAGAAUAGGAACAAGAGAGAGAAGAAAGGUAUAGACAGAUACAGCGAGACGCUGAAUGGGAGGUAGGGAGCUAGAUGAGUAGGCAGGAUCUGUGAAGCUGGGAGAGAUUUUCCAGCUCGGUUGCUUUGUGUAGAAUUGGCUGUUUGAGUCGGGCCAAAUGUCAAGUGCUACUCAGCCAGCUCCAUAGAGCUUUGACCAGAAAGCCACUUCUCCCCCCUGAUCAAGGACGAUGACGAGGAUUUCCAUACACAUUUCUUUUCUUUUCCUCAUUUAUCUUUUCAUGAGUUAAGAUGGCCCAUUAUUGUAACCCAACUGUAAUUUGUUCUCUGGCCUGUGUGCAUUUGUGUGUUAAGCUUCUCGUGGGUGUGUGAGUGUGUGUGCGUGUGUUUAGCACAGCUAUGUACAAGAACUGAUUAAGGGAAUAUUGUUGAGAACUAACUUGCCCUGGUAUCGUCCAUGCCCGGCUGAGUGCAGCGUACAUUAAUAUAUACAGUUUAUAUUUAUUGGUUAGGGAGAUGGGUCUUGGAGGACCGCACAGACCCCUCACUGCUUUCUCUUCUUGAUGACAAGGAGGAAGAAUGCUAUUUCCGUCUGACUACAUUUCAUUCUGUAUAUAUUCUAUAUUGAGAAAAAUUGUAUUAUAAUUUUUUUGCAAAUAUCAAUUUCUUUUCUAAAAUGAUGUAUCUGCUCAUCUGGUGACCGUAAAAUAAAAAACAAAUAAGAACAUAGA